UUCCCACGUGAAGAAAUGCGUGGCAAAUUAGCUAUCGGAAUUACAGCUAAUUUUGUCAAUAACAAGACGUACGCGGAGGAACGAGUGCCUGAGAUAAGUGGGGUUGCCUACAUAUUCAAUCAAGCAUUCUUCAAAGAGAUGUAUGCAAAGACCGGCGUUGAUCUCGAAAACAUUGUGUACUAUAAGGAUGACACGCACUACUUUGUCAUGUGUGCUAAGAAACAAAGUCUUCUCGAUAUGGGAGUCAUCCUUCAGACGAUUGAGGGCAUAAGAUUACGGCCAGAGGUGUACAUUAAGAAUUUGUUUAUGCUGCUAUCGAAAGUUGAUAAUGGACUUAGUCAAGGUCAAGCAAAGCUUAUGGCAGUACAAGGUUUUUUAGUGAAUGUGUGA